UCAGACAUGGGGUGUUGUGGUGUUGUCAGCAGGGUCUGGACCAUGGGGUGUUGUGGUGUUGUCAGCAGGGUCUGGACCAUGGGGUGUUGUGGUGUUGUCAGCAGGGCCUGGACCAUGGGGUGUUGUGGUGUUGUCAGCAGGGCCUCAGCCAUGGGGUGUUGUGGUGUUGUCAGCAGGGCCUCAGCCAUGUGGUGUUGUGGUGUUGUCAGCAGGGCCUGGACCAUGGGGUGUUGUGGUGUUGUCAGCAGGGUCUGGACCAUGGGGUGUUGUGGUGUUGUCAGCAGGGCCUGGGCCAUGGGGUGUUGUGGUGUUGUCAGCAGGGCCUGGACCAUGGGGUGUUGUGGUGUUGUCAGCAGGGUCUGGACCAUGGGGUGUUGUGGUGUUGUCAGCAGGGCCUGGGCCAUGGGGUGUUGUGGUGUUGUCAGCAGAGCCUGGACCAUGGGGUGUUGUGGUGUUGUCAGCAGGGCGGGGCCUCAGCCAUGGGGUGUUGUGGUGUUGUCAGCAGGGCCUCAGCCAUGGGGUGUUGUGGUGUUGUCAGCAGGGCCUCAGCCAUGGGGUGUUGUGGUGUUGUCAGCAGGGCCUGGACCAUGGGGUGUUGUGGUGUUGUCAGCAGGGCCUGGACCAUGGGGUGUUGUGGUGUUGUCAGCAGGGCCUGGACCAUGGGGUGUUGUGGUGUUGUCAGCAGGGCCUGGGCCAUGGGGUGUUGUGGUGUUGUCAGCAGGGCAGGGCCUCAGCCAUGGGAUGUUGUGGUGUUGUCAGCAGGGCAGGGCCUCAGCCAUGGGGUGUUGUGGUGUUGUCAGCAGGGCCUCAGCCAUGGGAUGUUGUGGUGUUGUCAGCAGGGCAGGGCCUCAGCCAUGGGGUGUUGUGGUGUUGUCAGCAGGGCAGGGCCUCAGCCAUGGGGUGUUGUGGUGUUGUCAGCAGGGCCUCAGCCAUGGGGUGUUGUGGUGUUGUCAGCAGGGCCUGGACCAUGGGGUGUUGUGGUGUUGUCAGCAGGGCCUCAGCCAUGGGGUGUUGUGGUGUUGUCAGCAAGGCAGGGCCUCAGCCAUGGGGUGUUGUGGUGUUGUCAGCAGGGCCUCAGCCAUGGGGUGUUGUGGUGUUGUCAGCAGGGCAGGGCCUCAGACAUGGGGUGUUGUGGUGUUGUCAGCAGGGCAGGGCCUCAGCCAUGGGGUGUUGUGGUGUUGUCAGCAGGGCCUCAGACAUGGGGUGUUGUGGUGUUGUCAGCAGGGCCUCAGACAUGGGGUGUUGUGGUGUUGUCAGCAGGGCCUCAGACAUGGGGUGUUGUGGUGUUGUCAGCAGGGCAGGGCCUCAGACAUGGGGUGUGUCUCUCAGACAUGGGGUGUGUCUCUCUUUUCUUUCUACAUUUCUCACCUCUCACUCUUUCCCUCUCUUUUUCUUACCUUAUCCUUCACCAACCGGUUUGUUGCCUGAGGCUCUGACUCAGCUAAGCAUGAA